AUGUGGGGCGUGGGGGCUGCGGCGCUGCAGCUGCUCGCUCGGGCUGUGAAGCAGGCGGCGAUACAGGGAGUCCGGCAGGACUUCGGCCGUUGGCUGUCCCGAGCCGCCGGGACGUCGGCAGGAGGCGGCGGCGACACCGUCGGUUUCGUCCCGGCGGAAGCAGCGGGAGCCGGCGGGCUGCUGCUGGGGCCCUACGCGGAGCAGGACGGGCUGCCGCCGGCGGAGUUGCUGCUCUGCCAGCUGCCCGAGGCGGGUGGCGGCGGGUCCGGGCUGGCCGAGGCGCGGGGCUGGCGCUGCUCCUGCUGCCUCCUGGGCACCUGCUGGUGCAAAAGCUGCCUCAGCGUGUGCGUGCUGGCGGCCCUGUGCUUCGCCUCGCUGGCCCUGGUGCGCCAGUAUCUGCGGGACCUGCUGCUCUGGGCAGAGAGCCUGGACAGCCUGGCCGGCGUGCUGCUUUUCACCGUGGGCUUCAUCGUGGUGUCCUUCCCCUGUGGCUGGGGCUAUAUCCUGCUUAACGUGGCCGCCGGCUACCUCUACGGCUUCGUGCUGGGCAUGGGGCUGAUGGUGCUCGGCGUCCUCAUCGGCACCUUCGUCGCCCACGUGGCCUGCAGGCGACUGUUGGCCCGCUGGGCUCGGGCCAGGAUCCAGGGCAGCGACACGCUCAGCGCCGUCGUCCGCGUCGUGGAGGGCGGCAACGGCCUCACGGUGGUGGCUCUGGCGCGGCUGACACCCAUCCCCUUCGGGCUGCAGAACGCCGUCUUCGCGAUUACAGAUUUGUCACUACCCAAUUACCUGAUGGCUUCUUCACUUGGACUGCUUCCUACUCAGCUCCUGAACUCGUACUUGGGCACCACCUUGCGCACCAUGGAGGAUGUGAUUGCAGAACAAAGUGUCAGUGGCUAUUUUAUCUUUGGUUUACAGAUUGUCAUAAGCAUAGGACUCAUGUUUUAUGUCGUCCACCGAGCUCAAGUGGAGCUGAACGCAGCCAUUGUAGCGUGCGAGAUGGAAAUGAAGACAUCACUUGGCAAAGACAGCCAACCCAGCAUCAGUGGCUCAACCACCUACUGCAACAAAAGGACAGUAGCAUUCUCUGGAGGAGGUGUCAAUAUUGUGUGAUUCUAUUUUUUUUCCUAAGUAUUAACAAAAUAAGGAUUUUGUGGACCUCAGAAACAUCCCUGGACAAUUCAACUAGUUUGAAAUAAGAACUAAAAAUGGUUACAGGUUGUACCGUGGCACAAACCAACCGACCAGCUCCUCGUUGCACAUGGAGUGACUUCUAGCAAGAAAGGAAAGGUGGUGAGAAGUAACUUGAGUUGUAAACACACAUUUGACUGCACCUUUGGUCGUUUAUUACACCUGUCACGGCCUGUAGUCUGCACUUUAGGUUUUGGGUUGGUCUUUUCUUGUUUUCCUUUGCUUCUAUCGACUGAGAAAUGCAUCUAUAAAACUGAGGAAAAAGUAGCACAGAGGUCAAUAUUUUUCUGCUUAGCAUUAUUUAUAAGGCUGAAUAAUUAUAUGCAGUAGAACUUUGUUACUGAUAAAGAUGAACGGGAAAGUAUGCAGUUCAGUGUUUGUUAUUCUUGAAUGUGCUUUUGCUUUGGACUUGCUUCCAGAAGUUGGAGUGUGUUAUUUAGCUAAUGAUGGGACCAUUUGGCUUUUCCUGCAGUGUUGGUUUUUACAACAGGAAAAAAAAAAAAGCCCUAUAGUAAAGUUUUGGUUGAAUGUAUUUUUAUAAGUCAUUAAAAGCAUUGCAGAGCCAUGCAUUAUGUAUUCACACAAGCUUAAAUCCUACCUUGUGGGACUGAAGUGCUCUUAAAAAACAUUUUAAGUUACACUGUGUUAAUAUGCAAAGCAAAAGGGAAAACACAGAAGUUUUAAUCGCUUGCAGUGACUGUUGGAAAGAGACUUUGUGGCUCGAUGGUUGCAUUGGUUUUACCACCUUGGUGAUUGUACCAAAGGGCUGUUCCACGUUAGUCCUGUUCGUAGUACUUGUGAGUGGUGAAAGGAUGGAGUUUCCCGGCUCGCAUGACUGCAUGUAACAAGGCUUCCAGAACAGGGAGCUAAAUCUGUCCUUUAAAACACAAUGAUGGGAUGGUGACAGUACCAAUAUUACAUGAAGGUGGCCUUUAUUUUGUAAAGUGAACUCCCUCUCUCCCUUUAAGAAGCUUUAACACUUCUCUUUGGUUGGCAUGUGUUUUUUCUUCUAAUAGUGUGACGUGUUUUUAGAAGACACAAGCUGAGUGAAAAUAGGGAAAACUAGACCUCCUCCUUGGAAAACUAAAUCCAGUAGUGGAGGAGGGUGGUGAUGUCUCUGAGACUCAGGAAUUCUGACUUCAUUUUUGCAAGACAACACUGUAGUGGGUAGCGCCCCUGUGGCGUGUGCCGCGGACUGUUUUGCACUGCGUUUGGACUGGCUGACCCCACAGCAACCUCUGUGUGUUUGUGUAAGCGGAGAGCAGCAGUGAUGCCUGCACACACCUGUAGGUGUGAGCUCCACGUGGAUGUGCAGGAGGUGGCAGUGUUAACCUCUCGGAUGCGGACAGGGCGUCCGAUACAAAGGUGAUGUCGUGUCCUGCUCGCUGUGUAGUUAUUUUGUGUGAGGUUUUAAGGAUGCUUUCGGUCUUCAAAGUUGUGUCGUUUUCUACUAGUAUGACUGUGCCUCCCUUUUGUAAGGCUGCUGCUUGUUGGGUUCAAGUCUUUUUGGGUUGUUAUGGAAUAGCAGGUCUUCAAGGCUGUUGGGUAGCAGAGACCUGAUGGCCUCUAAGAGUCUUCCUAUGAGGCUGUACAGUACUUGCAUAGCUCGACAUCUGCGCCUUUUUUGGUGCUUCAGUUUUGUUCUCUCGGCGUGUACCCUUUGCAGACUGCUGUCCUUGGGUCUUGUGACCUAAGGAACUGAACCAGUUCAAUGGAACAACAAAGUUCAGAUUGUCUCCUUUCUGUUGUUUGGGUUUGUUUUUGUUUGGUUGCUUUGCUUUUGAGAAGGCAAUCUGCAUAUACCUGGAAGUGUUUAUUUACACAUCUCUGCCUCUGACAGCUCCUGUGUGAAAACAAGAGAGCCAGAUAAAUUCUGAUGGCGUUAUUUGUCAUCAUAGUAUAAUUGAGCCCUUUCCUGACCAUGGUUUGGUUUGGGAUUUUUGUGUGUGUGUGUUUUGUUUGGUUUGUUUGCUUCUUGGAAAGAACAAUCCUUCCAUAAAUGAACUGAUCUGAACUUUGCUCCAUCUUGCCAAAUCAAACACAAAAAAACCCAACAGUGUUUUGAAGAGGGUAUCUCUUUCUUUGCUUUUUUUUUUUUUAACUAAAGAUUUAGUUGAUUAUUUGACAACAUUUCCCAGAUAGGUAUUUUGAAGUGCUUUUAUUUCCAUGACAUUUUGUAAUGAGAGUAACUUCACUAUGUGAACACUUUUUUUGUAGUAUGGAAGUAGUUCUUAAGACUUUUGCAUUUUGCUUGAUACUUGUAAGAUUUGUGUACAAGUUAAUGGGAAAUGUGCAUUCAAAGGAACUUUUCUGUACUGUGCCAAUCAUAAUUUUAUACAAUAAAUCCACUCCAAUUUCUUUAAAGGAA